AUGGGUGAUGUGUUUGAGGGAAAAGCGCUGCUGGCGGCGCGGCCCUUCCACAGCCACCUGGCGGUGCUGAAGGCCGAGCAAGCCGCGGUGUUCAAGUUCCCAUUAGCGCCCCUUGGGUGUUCCGGGCUGGGCUCCGCGUUGCUGGCCGCGGGGCCUGGGUUGCCGGGGGCUGCGGGCACGCCGCACCUGCCACUGGAGCUGCAACUCCGUGGGAAAUUGGAGGCAUCAGGCCCUGGGGAGCCGGGCACGAAAGCCAAGAAAGGGCGCCGGAGCCGUACUGUGUUCACCGAGCUGCAGUUGAUGGGCCUGGAGAAACGCUUUGAGAAGCAGAAGUAUCUCUCCACGCCAGACAGGAUAGACCUCGCCGAGUCUCUGGGUCUGAGCCAGUUGCAGGUGAAGACUUGGUAUCAGAAUCGGAGGAUGAAGUGGAAGAAAAUAGUGUUGCAGGGCGGCGGCCUGGAGUCCCCUACGAAGCCCAAGGGACGGCCCAAGAAGAACUCCAUCCCGACCAGUGAGCAGCUCACCGAGCAGGAGCGCGCCAAGGAGGCGGAGAAGCCGGCGGAGGUGCCCGGAGAGCCCAGCGACCCGAGCCGCGAGGACUGA